AUGGGCCGUUUAUUCAACUUCAAAAAGAUAACGUUUUCACAUCACUAGGAAGUUCUGAUAAAUCAUAUAUUACUAAAUCUUUUCGUUUAUUUUUAACCGUUGAAAAACAAGACAGAAGUCAUUGAAAUGCCGGUGAGUAAAAUACAACGAGGCCUUUCACUCGGAAAUAGAGGAUUUCCAAGCCUCGGUGGGGAAUAUGGCCCUUCUACCAUUACGCACCCAAGUCCGAGGACCAGCGCCCACUGUUGAUAUUCCCAACGACAUCAUCGAUGAGUCACUCUACUUCUGGAAAUCGAACAUUUUCUUCCGCACUUACGAAGUUAAGUCGGAGGUGGACAGGGUGCUUAUCUACAUAACUCUCUACAUCACGGAAUGUUUGAAGCGAUUGGCCCGCUGCACAAGCAAGUUGCAGGGUCAGCAGGAGCUCUAUACGCUGGCCAUCUCGCGGUUCGAUAUACCCGGAGAUGCGGGAUUCCCCCUGAACGGAAUCUACACCAAGCCCGAGGAUCCGGAGCUGAUGCGUCAGUACUUCCUACAGUUGCGCCAGGAAACCGGCAACAGAUUGCUGGAAAAGGUCUUCGAUACUCCGGAUGGAAAGCCGAGCAAGUGGUGGAUAUGCUUUGCCAAGAAGAAGUUCAUGGAGAAGAGUCUUUCGGGACCGGGAAUGUAGAAGACUCACUUAUAUACUGCCACCAAAAUUUACGAAUAAACUGCUUUGAAUGUAUUAAA